AUGGGAACUCGGGAGGAGGAGGACGCUCCGCUACCGAUUGAGGUCGUCGUCGACCACCGCGGGCAGCCAAUCUUCUCCCGGUCCGCCGCCGGCGUCUGGCCCUCCGCCGUCUUCAUCAUCGGUAAGCGACUCCCGCCACCGUCUUCUUCCUCCACGUCUGAGUGAGACUCGGUGACUGCCAGUGACCAAAACUCCACAGCCACCAUUGUGCUGCUGAAGGGGCUGAGGUGUCGGAGUGGUCCGCGUAUUACCGCAUCUCCAUGAACCUCAUCAGCUACCUGACCAGGGCCUUCCAGGAGUACACCCCCUCCGCUGCCGCCAAUGUGAACGCGUGGAGUGAGAUAUCCCUGAUGCUCACCAUCCUCAGUAGAUUUGUCGGCGACUCAUUCCUCUUCAUCAAUUAUAUUCCUCUUCUUAGUAUCUUAUCUCUCUUUUAUUAUAGGUGAAGUCCUUAUAGAAAGAGAGAAGAGCUCAUUAUUGACUCUUGAAUGUGUGAGUUAUCUUGAGAGCAUCGAGAUGUGGAUUAGAGGUGCUUAGUGGAAAUCUUAUUCUCAUCAAGAUUCUUAAUAACUUAGUGAUUUCUCUUCUAUUUGUUCUCAUUGAUAUUUAAAAAUUGAGUUUCUACUAUUAUUAAGAUUCUAUACUUGUAUAUUUUCUCUUACAAGUGGUAUCAGAAUAUUAAUUUAAUUAUUUUUAGAUUUACUAUGGCUUCUAAGGUAUAUAUUGAUAUUCAGAAGUUAGAUAAGUCUUCUAACUUUAAUCUCUGAAAGUAUCAUGUGUAUGAUAUGUUAUUAUAGAUUGACUUGUAUAGAACUUUAGAUAGUCUAAAGCCAGACAAGAUCAAUGCUGAUGAUUAAGAGAUAAUAGAGAAAAAUAUUAAAGGUUUUAUUCAUACAUGUUUGUCUGAUUGACUCUUUAGUAGGUCAUGGAUGAAUACAAUUCAAAGAAACUCUAGAAGAAGUUAGAGAAAUGAUGUGGACUAAAGUCAAUGCUGAGCAAAUUGACAAUGAAGAGAAAACUAUUUAGAUUACACAUAUCAGAUGGAGAUGAUUUGACAUCUCAUAUUGAUUAUUUUAAUCAGAGAGAGAAACAAAUAGAAUAAUAACUUUGUUCUCAUUAGAAAAAUCUAAUUUCAUAUGAUUAUUUUGUUACAACCUUAUUGUAUGAUAGUACAACACCCAUUUUUUAAGAUGUUAUUGACUCAUUGAUGGAGUAUUAUCAUUGGAGGAAGCAUAUUGGUGAGGCUCAUCGUAAAAGAUUAUAUGUGAAGGGUAGAAGAGAACAUGGAAAGUAGAAGGAGAAAGAAUCUUCAUGAGACAAGAAGAGUCGAUCUAAGUCACAAACAAAUUAAUUGAACAAUCAAAGGACACCUGAGAAGAGAUUGUUUGAAGAAAUGAAGUGAUAAUAUAAUAAAAAGUGAAUCUAAUUUGACUAAUGUUACGAAGGUUGAGGACAAAGAAAAUAGUGAAGUCUAUUUUGAAUGUGUUGUAGUUGAAGAGUUGUCGAACAUAUAGAUUCUUGAUACUAAUUAUUCUUAUCAUAUGUGUCAUAAUACUGACUAGUUUGACUCAUAUAAGAAUAUAACAAUAGUUAUUUCUAUGGGAAAUAAUACAGCUUGCGAAGUUGUGGGCAUUGGUUCGGUGAAGGUUCGAUGUUUGAUGGAGUAGUUUAAGAACUUAAAAAUAUUUGUCAUGUUUCAGUAUUACACUAAAUUUUGAUUUUGCUUGAAAUAUUAGAAGCAAACAGAUGUUGCUUCAAAGGAGAGAAUGAGAUCCUUAAGAUUAUAAAGGAGUCACUCGUUGUGAUGAAAGGAAGAUGUCAACGGGCAAAUAUUUAUAAAUUUGAGGAGAUUACUAUUGUAGGUGAAACUUGUGUUGCGACACCAAAUGAUUCCAUAAUUGAUGACACACUUUUAUGACACUUACGAUUGGGUCAUAUGAGUGAGACAUAUAUGUAAAAGCUAUACGUAUGAGGACUACUACUCAGUGUGAGAAUUUAUAAAUUACAUUUUUUCAAAUAUUAUAUUAUAAGAAAAUAGUGUAGGGUGACAUUUAAGGUAGUGAAACAUGAUACGGGUGGUGUGCUAGAUUAUGUUCAUUCAGAUAUGUGUGGUCUGGUUGAUAUGAUGUCGAUUGGUAGUGUUGAAUAUUUUUUGACCUUUGUUGAUGAUUUUUCUAGAAAAGUUUGAGUAUUCUUCUUGAAGCACAAGUCUGAAGUAUUUAUAAAAUUUAAGACUUAGUGUACGAAGGUAGAAAAUUAGAUGGGGAGGAAGAUCAAAGUCUUGCAAACUGACAAUCGUACAAAAUUUAAGAAUUCUAAAUUUGAUCAAUUUUGUGAUGAAUAUAAUAUUCAACGUCAUUAUAUAGAGAAGAAAAUUCCGCAACAAAAUGGUGUUACUAAGCGGAUGAACCGCACAAUUAUUGAGAGAGCAUGGUGUUUACGACUGAAUGCUGACCUAUCCAAGAAAUUUUGGACAAAAGUUGUGAGUAUGGCAACUUAUUUAAUGAAUAGAUCACCAAACUAUGUUCUUGAUGGGAAGGUUGUUGAAGAGGUAUAGAUUCAAAAUCCUAUUGACUAUUCGAAUUUGCAUAUAUUUAGAUGUCUAGAAUAUAUCCUUACACUUGUUGAUGAGAGAUCAAAGUUGGAUUUAAAGUAGAAUAAAUAUAUUUUCUUGAGCUACAAUACUAAUUUGAAGAGAUAUCAACUUUGAGAUUCAAAGAUGAAGAAAAUUAUUUUCAGUAGAGAUGUGAUUUUUGAUGAAAAUCACAUGUUGAAGUCUUUUUCUAUAAAGUAGAUAGUUCAAGAAUUUGAUGGUACUCGAGUUGUAAAUAAAAUAAGGUUGGAGGUGAAAAUUACGUAAAGUCUUCUUUGUUCUGUUGUGAGUGAAGAUCGAAUUACAGAAUUAUUAGAUGUUCCUAAUUAUAUUACUAUUAGAUGGAUUAGGCGUGAAGUAAAACCUUUUACUCAUCUUAAUAAUUAUGUUGCCUUUGCAUUAUUUGUAAGAGAUGGCGAGCCCACAACUUUUCAAGAAAUAAUUAAUUAUCCUAAAAAAGAGAAGUGAAUGUAGGUGAUGUUUGAGGAACAAACAUUCUUAAACAAAAACCACACUAUCUUUCGGAAAGGAAGUAAGCUAUUGGGUAUAAAUAGAUGUACAAGAAGAAGUUACUGAUGAUUGAUGGUGAUUAACCUCAAUAUAAGAUAAGGUUUGUUGUAAAAGACUUUACAUGGAAAUAGAGAAUUGAUUAUACGUAGAUCUUUUUGCAUGUUAUGAAGUACAUGUCUAUUCACUUAGUAUUAGUUAUUGUCACACAUGAAGAUAUAGAAUUUGAGCAGCUUAAUGUGAAGAUGACGUUCUUUCAUAGAGAUUUAGAAGAAACUAUUUACAUAUAGCAGUCGAAGGAUUUCAUUGUGCAAGAGUCAAAACAUCUUGUUUGUCAAUUGAAAAUUUUCUUUAUGGGUUGAAGCAAACAUCAAGACAAUGGUUCAAAAAGUUUGACUCUUAUAUAUUGAAGAUUAAUUAUACGAGGUGUGGUUUUAACUAUUAUGUCUAUAUGAGGACUUGUGAUGAUGAUUUUUUGAUUAUUUUGAUACUCUAUAUUGAUGAUAUAUUUAUUACAUCGAAUAAUUUACAUGAAAUUACUAAAUUGAAAUCACAAUUGAGUAAGAAAUUUGACAUGAAGAAUCUUAGUGUGACAAAGAAGAUUUUUGGUAUUGAGAUUUAUAGAGACCAAGAGUUAAGUCAACUAUGGUUGACUUUGAAGAGUUAUCUUUCAAAGGUGGUGAAUUUAUUUGACAUGAGUAAUGCUAAAGUAAUAACACUCAUCUAGCUAGUCAUUUCAAGUUAUCUACUAUUCAGUGUUUAACAUCUAAGGAAGAUAUUACUGAGAUGAAUCAAAUUCCUUAUUCUAGUGUAGUUGGUUCUUUCAUAUAUACUUUGAUUUGUACCAAACUAGAUAUUACUCAUGCACUUAGACUUGUGAGCAGAUUUAUGAGCAAUUUAGGAAAAGAGCAUUAGAGCACAAUGAAGUGGAUUCUCUAAUAGUUAAAGGGUUCUUUACAUUUUGGAAUUCAUUUUGACCGACAAAAUUAUCUUUUUGUUGUUGGCUUUGUUGAUGUAAAUUUUGUUAGAAAUUUAGAUCAUUGAAAAAUUAAGAUGGGAUAUGUUUUUACCAUAGUUGGUGGACCUAUUAAUUAGAAGUCUACACUUUAGACUAUUGUUACACUAACUACAACUGAGGUGGAAUACAUGAUAGCUAUCGAAGUAGCUAAGGAAGUCUUGUGGUUGAAGAGAUUAUUGAGAAAACUUGGGAUCUGACAAUGUGAAGUUCUUCUAUAUUGUGAUAGUCAAAGUAUUAUUUACUUAGUAAAGAAUCAAGUCUAUCAUGUAUGAUCAAAGUAUGUUGAUGUGCAGUAUUACAAGAUUCGUGAGUUGGUAAAUUAUAGAGAUAUCUCUGUAGAGAAAGUUCACACGGAGGAGAAUGCCGCGAAUAUGUUGAUGAAGGUCAUCACAUUGGAGAAAUUUAAAUAUUAUUUGAAUUUGAUUCAUGUUGUAGGUACUUUACAAAAGGUGGAGAACUUGUAGCAUAGAUAGAAGUCAACUCCGGGUGUGAUAAUGAUGGCUGUCAAGGUGAAGUUUGUUGACUGUGUCAGUCCAUCAUGAUUGACCUGUUCAAGAGAUGUGCUAGAGAAGCUCUUCUGUCUCAAUUGUUCGAGAGACGUGAGAGAGAGUUCUCCCAUUUGACUCACUCAAGAAGCAUGCGAGGAGUAAGGUGGCGGUGACACGAUGGUCACGUUGACCGUUAUGACAUGUUCCAGGGGUGGGUCGUGUAGAGAGAGAGAAUGAGGGUGGUUACAAUUGUCACAUUCGAGAUGUGUAGGUGUGGUUACAUGUAGAUCGAUAUGUAGUUGCAUGUAGAUCGAGAUACUUCUUUUUAGGGAGCCGUUAUCUUUUUCUAUUCUCUAUAAAUAGGGUAUGUAAUCUUCUUUUUUGAACACAACAGAUGACUAUCUUUCUCUUAAGUCUAUUCUAUCUUUCCAUUAACUUUAUUCUUCUAUUUGGCAUCUUCUUUCUCUUCUAUUACAUGUGAAGUCUUGAUAGAAGGAAAGAAGAGCUCAUUGUUGACUCUUGAGUGUGUGAGUCAUCUCAAGAGCAUCAAGACGUGGAUUAGAAGUGUUUGGUAGAAGUAUUAUUCUCAUUAGAAUUCUUGAUAACUUAAUGAUUUCUCUUCUAUUUGUUCUUAUUGCUAUCCAGAAAUUAAGUUUUUGUUGUUAUUAACAUUAUGUGAUUACAUAUUUUCUCCUACACAUACCUUUGAGAAAUCUACGUUAUAUUAUUUAGAAAUUCGUCUAAUUAUACCUUGAGAAGAAGGGUUACUGAUUUUACGCGAGGAAAAAUUUAUAGACUAUAGAUCGGGUGUAAGGCGCUGCUGAUGGUUUCAGCGGUGUCGCCGUUGCUCUGCCCGCCGGAGUGCGGCGGCGGCGGCCAGGAGAGCUGCCUCCCCUCCUAGUUCCAGAUUGCCUUCUUCUUCUCCGCAUUGUACCUGGUGGCUGUCGCGCAGGGCGGCCUCAGGCCUUCGGGGCCGACCAGUUCGACGGCGACGAUCCAGAAGAGUGCAGGUCCAGGAGCUCCUUCUUCAACUGGCCGUACUUUGGGUUCUGCAGCGGCACGGCGUUCGCGGUGCUGCUGAUGUCCUACGUCCAGGACAACAUCGGCUGGGGGCUCGGAUUUGGGCUUCCUUGUGCUUCCAUGGCUAUCUUCCUCGCUCUCUUCUUGGGUGGCACCAGGACCUACCGCUACUGCGCUAUCUCCGGCAAGAACCCCCCUAGCGCAACUCGCCGGAGCCGACAGCAAUUUCUCGAGGAGCCGGCGGGUGGAGCCCCCGGAAGAAGCGAGGGAAGCCCUCCUCCAUGGCGGGUAAGGAUCCUCCGGACCCUGGAAAAGCCUGUUUCAAUGUACAGAGGAGGACGUCCUCUUUCCUCAUGGGUUCCUACUCUGCAGGUCUGCUGAGGAAGAGGAGGGUAUCGCAGAUGGCCCUCGAGGGGUCCUCAGAUUGCUCCCAAUCGGGGCAACCUGCUUGCUGUACGCAGUCGUGCUUGCCCAGUCCUCGACCUUCUUCACCAAGCAGGGCAGCACCAUGGACAGAAGAAUCACCCCCUCCUUCCUCGUCCCCCCUGCGGCGCUCCAGAGCUUCAUCCACCUCUCCGUCCUCGCCUUCGUGCCCAUCUACGACCGCCUCUUCGUCCCUAUAACCAGAGUCUUCACCGGGAGGUCCUCGGGCCUGACGAUGCUCCAGAGGAUCAGCGUCGGCAUGGUGCUAUCGAUCUCCGCCAUGGCCAUCGCCGCCAAGGUGGAGACGAAGAGGCUCCAAACCGCCAGAGACCUCGGACUGGUAGACUUACCUGGCGUCGCCAUCCCCAUGAGCCUGUGGUGGCUCGUUCCUCAGUAUGUCCUCUUCGGGGUCUCCAGCGUCUUCACCGUGGUGGGUCUGCAAGAGUUCUUCUACGACCAGGUGCCCGUCUCGAUGAGGAGCUUGGGCUUCGCCCUCUAUCUGAGCAUCUUCGGCGUUGGGAGCUUCAUCAGCGGCUUCUUCAUCUUGGUAAUCGAGAACGUGAGCACCUGGUGGGGGGAGGACUGGUUCUCCGACAACCUGAAUCGUGCCCACCUCGACUACUUCUACUGGCUUCUGGUGGCGCUGAGUUCCGUCGAGCUCCUCUUGUACCUGUACUUCGCUCGUUCCUUCGUCUUCAACCAGGGAAGGAAUGGGAACGGCGCGGCCUGAAGAAGAUUUGUAGUUUUUAGCCCUUGUAAUUCUGAUAUUGUCAAAAGACCGUGAGAUGGUAAGACGGGUAGGCGUUGUGCCCGAGGUUGUUGGGCCCGGUUUUGGGCCCAUUUCUGUGUCUGGGGAAUAACUCCAGAUUUCACCCUUUCUUUGGUUCAAACGGGGCCGCCCCCGGUUCACUAACGACUGAAACUUGAAAGGCCCUCCGCCAGGUACCGCCGCCGAUUUCGUUUCCCCGCCGUCCCGCUGGGCUUCGGUCUGUAGAGAGAGAAAGUAGGGAGAGAGACGCAGCAGGGUUGUGGAGGGAAAUGGGUUCGAAGGAGAGCUACAGGAACGAGCUCCAGUCGGCGAUCCGGCAGCUCGGAGACCAAAGCCAGUACUCUGCAUUGAAAUGGUAACUUCCGCCUCUUAAGCUUCUCUUAUUGCCGCUAGAUUUGCUUCUGGUUGUAACUCUUUGUCCGCGUACGCUGUUGACUAGGGCGGGAGAAUUGCUUGUGGGCAUCGUCAGGACUAGCAUAGAUUCUCUGCCGGUGCUGACAAGACAACAUCCUCAAGCAGCGCCCGUUCUCACCAUCAGCAAGAGCACCUCUACUGAGACGGCUCAAGCUUCCGCCGCAGCAGGUCCCGCCCUGGCGGGGGUAGCGAGAUGUUCUCUGCCACACCCUCGAGCGGGGUGUUCUAUGUGAGCACCCCUUCUCCUAUCGAGGACGAGAUCGGCGAUGGUGCUCAUGUGCAAGGAGUAUCGCAGGGCAGCUCAUGUGCUCCGGGCGCAGACAUCAAAGAAGACCAUCUUUCUCCUGUGCUAGGCUCUCUACCUGGUAUCCCUUUCUGCUACCGCAAUUUUAUGUCCCCUUUUGUUCGAUUUAUACUCUGCCUGGUUCACAAUUAUUUUACAUGUUUUGUCUCUGUCUCUAUAUUUUACUUCGUAAUUAGUUUGGUGGUUUCAUUGAGUAGUCGUAUGUAUUAUAUCAUGUUUAUUUAUGCUUUAACUUCUUGGUGCCUCUUAUCUAAAGGUGUUCUGCUCGAAUUCUUCUGGGCGAGUGUUUUCUUGGGGAUUGCUGUAAAAAUGUGGCUCUCCACUCAACAGGAUGGGGAGCUUUAUCAGUAACUUCCUUGUUUCGGUGAUCGACAGAGCAGCAGAACCAGCCGCCAUGAGGAGCUUGGGCUUCGCCCUCUAUCUGAGCAUCGUCGGCGUCGGGAGCUUCAUCAGCGGCUUCCUCGUCUUGGUAAUCCAGAAAGUCGGCGCCUGUUUGGGGGAGGACUGGUUCUCUGACAAUCUCAACCGUUCCCACCUCGGCUACUUCUACUGGGUGCUGGCGGCGCUGAGCUCCGUCGAGCUUGUCUUGUACCUGUACUUCGCUCGUUCCUUCGUCUACAACCAGAGAAAGAAGCGGAGCGGCGCCGCUUGAAGAGGAUUUGCCGUGUUAACCCUUGUAAUUCUGAUUUUGUCAGAAACCACGAUGAUGAUAACGCGGCUAGGCGUUGUGCCGGGCCUUGUUGGGCUCCGUUAUAAGCCCAUUAAGGUGUCCGGGGAAUCACUCCAAUUUCACCUCCCCCCCGGUUCACUUUGAUGACUAAAACUUGAAAAGCCCUCGGCGAGGUCUCGCCGCCGAUUCCGUUUCCCAGCUGUCCUGCUGGCCCCCGGUCUGGAGAGAGAGAGAGAGAGAGAGAGAGAGAGACGCAGCAGGGGUGUGGAGGGAGAUGGGUUCGAAGGAGAGGUACGGGAACGAGCUCCGGCCGGCGAUCCGGUAGCUCGGAGACCGGUGCCUGUACUCCGUUUCGAAAUGGUAACUUCUUCCUCUUAAGCAGCUCUUGUUGUGGUUGGAUUUACUUGUAACUCUUUGUCUGCCUAUGGUGUUGAUUAGGACGGGGGAACUACAUGUGGGGCAUCGAUCAGGACCAGCCUCGAUCCUCUGCCAGUGAGAGAGAUGGAUAGAUAGAGAGCGAGAGAGAGAGAGAGAGAGAGAGAGAGAGAGAGAGAGAGAGAGAGAGAGAGAGAGAGAGGGUAUGGACAGUAAUGGAAGCUUAACUCAAAACAAAGGAAUACACGAGGAAGAUAACAUGUGGGAGGAAAGAGGAAAGAGGGAAGGGACUCGAAUGAGCCUCCUAAGUGCCACAAUAAUACUCCCCCCCUAUGAGGCUCACCUUAUCCUCAAUCUGAAUUUGGAAAAUUAUUCACGGAUGGUACGAGCUGAUUCCCAAGUGGCCUCGGAAGUGGGUAACACCUAUCAUUUAAUGAAAACUAUUGACUUUGACCGUUCAUGACAGACAACUAAGAUUUCAGACGGUUGCAUGUCCCAUGAUUUUCAUUCAACCUUAGUGGGCCGAUUAGACAUGUGGAGGCGUCUGUCUUCUUUAGCUAAGAGAUCUAGAAUACUAGAUGGAUAUUCGAUGUGGCCUGGAGAUCAAAUUGGUAAGACACUGGCCAAAUAAACUUGAGAACUUUGAAUGGGCCGAAAUAGUAUUGUGCUAGCUUCUCGUAGGGUCUCCUCCCAAGGGACCUCUGUCAAUACGGGAAAAUUAGAGGCAAAUGAGGUCCCCUUCCUCGAAGUUGAGGUCUUACAUCUAUGAUUGAUGCGCGCCUUCAUUAGAGCCUGAGCCUUGGUCAGGUAUUACUUGAGCUGGUCAUGGGAUGUGUCCUGAUCUUGGAGGUAGUUGAGAUUAGCUGUUUUCAUCAAGUAUGACUCACAUUGAAGGAGGGUAGACAAAUCAAGCCUAUAAAAAAUUGUGAAUUAUUAUGACCCUAUAAUGAAUUAAGAUUGGUAUUGAAUUAAAAUUCGGCUCACACUAGCUAGCUGCUCUAUUAAUGUAGACAAUCAUUAGAAAAAGUAGCAAAGAUUGUAGAUGUCCUUGGUUUUGAACAUAUAGUGAAAAUUAAAUUUAUGAAUCAUUCAUAAAAAAAUAUUAUAUUGAAUCGUCAUCAUUGUUUAUAUGAUAAGUUAAAUAUCAUUGACAAACAUUUAAAUCAUAUAUAUUGUUGAUGUCUUCUACAAUUCUAUGGCUAACACAGAAUCCAAAGAGUGACACCUUUGAGAUACCUUUCUAUGUUGAAAUAAUACAUCGUAAUAUUCUAGAAAUAUAAGUGUAGAAUAAUUUAUGUCAACAAAUAUGACGAAGUUUCAUGUAUAUUCUUGAAAAGUAAAGUUAUCUAUGAGAUUCAUUUAUGACACCUCAACAAUGUGAAGAUAGAAGUAUUAGCCUGGAAUAUGUCUGAAAAAUCAACAACACAAUGACAUACAUGAGAUUCAAACUUAUGAAGCAAGUCAUGUGGAAGUGAGAAAAAUGACAAUUGAAAUAGUCAAAUCAAAGCACGAGCAGAAUUCGAAAUCAAGAACACUAUAGCAAUAAUGUGAAAAGUUGAUCAAAUAUUCAAAACAAAAAUACAUGAUCAGUGACUAAAGUAGGACUCAAACUCAUGUCUUAUAUGAGAAGGAACUUUUGAGAAGUAUCACCAAUCUUGAGAAGGAACUUUUGAAGAUCAUUUAUGAAAAAUCUGCACAUUUCGAAGCAAUAAAGAACUCAAUAUUAGUCUCAUACACCCUAGAUGAGAACACAUCAUUAUAGUUCAUCGACAAAAUGACAAGUUCAACAAUAUCAUCCUAGCUUGACCCUGAAGAUAACUAUGAUCAAAUCAAUUGCCAAUGUUCAAACACAAUGUCAAGGAUAACAUACCUACGAGCUGAAAAAUCUGAGAGUAUGACCAAAGGUCAAAAGUACGGAUUCUAGAUGGUAACUUGUUAGUAGAAGAUGUGGACCAAAGGUACGCCAAAUGAUCUCCUCUAAGCACAACAUAGAAAGAGAAAAUUUUCAUUGAUUAAUUACAAGUUUUUGGACACAAUAUCUUGGACAAUAAUUAUUAGAGUAGAAAGUUUGGAAGUGCAAAGUAGAUAAAGGUCACCAAAAUGUUGGUAGAGCAACGUGAAGAUUUUUAAAUUAAUAUGACCAUUUUCAAAUCCUGACAUGAUAGAGAUAUGUUAGAGUAUAAAAAUGAUGAGUUGAAGAAAAAUCAAGGUUAAAACACAAGCUUGAGAAUAAGUUGUACUUUAACCCUCUACAACAAAGUUAGCAUGCAUCUCAAAGAGGGGUUCAAAGUUUCAUCUUACUUAAUCAUCUGUGGUGUUUGACGAAUCAAACAAUUGAACUGAAGGUUGUCUAUCUCCAUCAAGCCCUAAGGUAACUUGAGUGGUGAUUGGAGAGAGGGUAAGGCUAAGGCACAAGGUGAUGAGAGUCAAAAUACGCCUGUGGAGGGCGUUGUUCUUUGAGGACAAGUGUACAAUUGAUUUAGGCAUGUGUUGUUGAAAGUGAAGACCUACUUGUGAGAGGUGAGAUCUCUAUGAAGAUCGAAUAAUACUAUUUGAGAGAUAUGAGCUCGUGCCAUUAGUUGUACCUCUAGUGAGAUAGUGAAGAUCUGGUAAGGAGAUCCUUUAAUACUGAAGGUAGCCCAAGAGAGGGUAAACUAGUAUAAAAGUCUCUAUCUAUCAUCUUUACUAGUGAGAGAGAAAGACUAGAGUGACCUCAUGACAUAAAGAAAGAGUUUUAGGUAAACUAUGAUAUAGAAUUGACAUAUUGUGUUAAAAUAUGUCAACAUAUACAUGUCAAGAUAGCAUUGGUAUGUAGAGAAACAUAGGAAAUUAAUUCACCCCCCCUCUUGGUACUUCACUUAUCAAUAUCAAACCUAACAAAAAUAAGUCUCUACUAUCUAGUUGACAAUUUAGUAUGUAAGUGAUAUGAGUUGAUUUGACAAAGAGUCAUCUCUUAUAAUUUGAAAAGUUCCUUUAAAAGAAUACUUAUAAAGAUUCUAUCUCAAUCAGUGAGAAUGGAUUUCAAAAAAUUGUGAAGUUAAACGAUGUCUUGGAUAAAAAUUAAAGUUAUAUCUUUGGAAAUCAAUAGGUGUUGGAAAGGAGAUAAGCGAAUGUAUUUUCUUAGUUGAUCUAGUAUGAUCAAGAUUGCAUUGAACUUGAUUAAAUUAGUCAAUCCUUCAAUGAAAUUCAUUAUGAGGUCAGCCCAUAUUUUCUUCAAAAUAGAGAGGGGGUGAAGAAGGCCAACAAGGUAGAGGGACUUGGACUUGCUCUUCUGUCAAGUAAGACAUGCAUCUACAUACCUCUUGAUAUAGCCCUUUGACAAAUAUCUAUUUUCAUGAAUUAAUGAUUAGUUCAAUAAAUUAUGUAUGUAUUAACUCAUAAUAAAUAGUUUUAUAUUUGAUUUUAAUUCAAAAAAUUGAUUUUUAUGUGAUAAAUGUGAAUUUAUAGUUAAUUAUGUGAUUUUAUAUUAUUUUUAUAUUCGUUUUCUCAAGAGAAAAGAAAGUAAAAUAAAUAAAUGAAUAAAACUAUUAAAAGGGGGGAAUCCACUGGCCAACAAGCACUUAUAGAUAUGCUAAUAAAUGUAAUUUUCAUUGAUUUAUGAAGUCAUAAUACUCUAAAACCAUGUCUUAAUUAUAAUGUUCUUUUUCAAAUGUAAUUUGAAAAUGUUAAGUUAGUGAUUUAAGCUAAUAAAUGUUGUGCUCAACUAGUAAAUGCCAUGCUCCAAAUCUCCUCAAAAGAUGAGAUGAAAUCAAGAAUUAAGAGGUCAUGUCUAGACUAAUAUAGAAUUCACCAUUCUCGCUAUGAAUAGAUAUGCUCUCUCACCUUCAAGUAGUAAGCAGAGAGAUAAAGAAGUUCAAGAUCACCUUUAUAGUGGCUAGAUAACAACAAAUUGUUCAACUAGUAAAUGUCAUGCUCCCAAUCUCCUCAAAAGAUGGGACCAAAUCAAGAAUUAAGGGUUAUGUAUAGAAUAAUUUAGAAUUCACCAUUCUCACUAUGAAUAGAUAUGCUCUCUCACCUCCAAGCAGUAAGUAGAGAGAUAAAAGAGUUCAAAAUCACCUUUAGAGUGGUUGGACAACAACAAAUUGUUCAAAAUAGGACCAAAAAAACUGAAUUACAUAAAUUAAGGCAAACAAAAGGUUUCUUCCUUGAGUAAGAUGAUCUGCCCAAGAAGUGGCAUCUACAUGAACAAUAAGAGUGGAACAAGGUCACCUACAGUACUAUGAUACCAUGGUGUAGUUGUUAGAGAAGAAUAGGUUCCCUAGUCAUCGGAGGUGGCAGCAGCAAAGAGAUAUUUAUUUGUGAGAGAGGAGAGAGAAAGGUAAAGGAUACAAAUGAAAAAUAUAAUUAAAAUGAUGACUCUAUUAUAUUUAUUUAUAUUGACAUAAAUCUAGUGGAUUGGAUCCAGUUAUUCAGAUUCACUUAUGCUGAACUGAGGGAUCCAAAAAACUUAUAGGUGAAGAAAUAUAAGAGGACAUAAUUACAAAACUAUAGCAAAUAUUGUAUUACUAUAAUUUCUCACCCUUAGACCUUGAUAUUAUUAUAAUCUAAAAAUAGCAAUAAAAACAAGAUAGAAUACAAAAACGUUUGUCUACCUAAGUAGCUGCUCCAAGAGAGUUGCCUCAACUCAAAUGAGUAGUGAGCAACAUCAUUUUAUGAAAAAAUUAAGAAAAUAAUAAACUUGGCCAGUAGAACUGUACCAACCGAUCCAUCAAGAUAGUCAUAAAAAGACAAACACCUGUGAAGCUACAUCUCUCUACACCAUUCGGUAGGAAAUAUCUGUUUUUAGUCCAUUAGGAAAUAAAAAGACAGACACCUGCGAUCCAGUCGGAAGAUUCCCCCCAGCCCAUCAUCCGACUGGACCACCCCCGACCUGGCCCACACUACAAAAUAUCUGUUUGUCAGCAGUGGUAUUUUUUAGACUCUAUUCGACGUUCCUGGUACUCCAUCAGGCUCUGGGGAAUCCUUCAGGAGCCCAAGUCGUCAGAGAAGUGAGUGAUUUAAGUCGGGUCUCCAUUAUGGUCAAGUGGGGACUCCACGCACAGACAACCAUAAACAGAUUUCCUAGUUCCUCCUCAAACCUCGUGGAAACCUAAUCGUCACAUACUGGUCAGAUCCCCCACCGGAGGACUCACCAUAGAAACACAGGAGGACGCCCCGCUACCGAUAGAGGGCGUCGUCGACCACCUCGGGCAGCCGAUCUUCUCCCGGGGAGCCGCCGGCGGCUGGCCCUCCGCCGCCUUCAUCAUCGGUAAGCGCCUCCCGCCACCGUCUUCUUUCUCCGCUUUUCAGUGAGACACGGCGACCACCAGUGACCAAAAUCUCCGCCACCGCCAUUGUGCUGAAGGGGCCGAGUUGUCGGAGCAUUUCGCCCACACCGGCAUCUCCAUGAACCUCAUCAGCUACCUGACGGGACCAUUCCAGGAGUCCACUGCCUCCGCCGCCGCCAACAUGAACACGUUGACCGGGGUGUCCCUGAUGCUCCCCCUCCUCGGCGGAUUCAUCGGCGACUACUUCCUCGGGCGCUACCGCACCACCGUCGUAUCCUCCCUUCUUUACGUCCUGGUUCGUUCCUGCUCUCCAUCCGAAAUCGUCUUGUGGUCAGACCCUUGACAAAUCCUCGCCAUAUUGCUUACAAAUUCGUCUAAUUGUACCUUGAAAAGAAGGGCUACUGGUUUUACGCGACGAAGAAUUUACUCACCGUAGAUCGGGUAUACCCUUCUGCCGUAUGAUCUACAUCCCUGCAGGGUCUGGCGAUGCUGGUGGCUUCAGCGGUGGCGCCGUCGCUCCGUCCACCGGAGUGCGGCAGCGACAGCGGCAGCCGGGAGAGCUGCCUCCCCUCCCAAUUCCAGAUUGCGUUCUUCUUCUCCGCAUUGUACCUGGUGGCUGUCGCGCAGGGCGGCCACAAGGCCUGCACGCAGGCCUUUGGGGUCGACCAGUUCGACGGCGACGACCCAGAAGAGUGCAGGUCCAGGGGCUCCUUCUUCAACUGGCUACACUUCGGGGUCUGCAGUGGCAUGGCGUUCACGGUGCUGCUGAUGUCUUACGUCCAGGACAACAUCGGCUGGGGACUCGGAUUUGGGCUGCCUUGUGCUUCCAUGGCGAUCUCCCUCGUCCUCUUCUUGGCCGGUACGAGGACCUACCGCUACUGCGCUCCCUCCGGCAAGAACCCCCUCGCGCAGCUCGCCGGAGCCGACUGCAAUUUCUCGAGCAGCCAGCGUGGGCCGCCCCACGAAGAAGCGAAGGAAGCUCUCCUCCGUGGGGGGUAAGGAUCCUCCGGACCCUGGAAAAGCCUGUUCUAAUGUAAACAUGAUCUUCUCAUUCCUCAUGGGGUUCCCACUCUGCAGGUCUGACGGGGAGGAGGAGGGUGUCGCAGAGGGUCCUCGAGCGGUCCUCAGAUUGCUCCCAAUCGGGGUAACCUGCUUGCUGUACGCCGUUGUGCUUGCCCAGUCCACGACCUUCUUCACGAAGCAGGGCAGCACCAUGGACAGAAGAAUCACCCCCUCCUUCCUCGUCCCCCCUGCGGCGCUCCAGAGCUUCAUCCACCUCUCCGUCCUAGCCUUCGUGCCCAUCUACGACCGCCUCUUCGUCCCUAUAACCAGAGCCUUCACCGGGCGGCCCUCUGGCUUGACGAUGCUCCAGAGGAUCGGCGUCGGCAUGGUUCUCUCAAUCUUCGCCGUGGCCAUCGCCGCCAAGGUGGAGACGAAGAGGCUCCAAACCGCCAGAGACCUCGGACUGGUAGACUUACCUGGCGUCGCCAUCCCCAUGAGCCUGUGGUGGCUCGUUCCUCAGUAUGUCCUCUUCGGGGUCUCCAGCGUCUUCACCGUGGUGGGUCUGCAAGAGUUCUUCUACGACCAGGUGCCCGUCUCGAUGAGGAGCUUGGGCUUCGCCCUCUAUCUGAGCAUCUUCGGCGUUGGGAGCUUCAUCAGCGGCUUCUUCAUCUUGGUAAUCGAGAACGUGAGCACCUGGUGGGGGGAGGACUGGUUCUCCGACAACCUGAAUCGUGCCCACCUCGACUACUUCUACUGGUUUUUGGCGGCGCUGAGCUCCGUCGAGCUCCUCUUGUACCUCUACUUGGCUCGUUCCUUCGUCUACAAGCAGAGAAAGAAGGGGAGCGGCGCUGCCUGA